AUGAUUAGGAUUCCCAAGCAAGAAAAAGUGGCGACUAGAUCUCUUGAGCAGAAACAAGAUCAUAGAACUUCGAGAAUUGCAGCGGAAGAAAAAAAAGGAGCUAAUGAGUCUUCUGCUAAUAGACGAACUGCUGAAACUUCAGAUCAAAAACAAAAAAGAAGAACUGAAAUUUUACAACAAAAACAAGAAAGAGUAAGUGAAAUUGAUAAUCAAAAACGAAAAAAAUCGGUAACGUUUCUGUUGCAAAAGCAAGAAGAGACAACUGAUACUUCCGUAAAGAAGGAAGAGAAAAUAUCUGAAAUUGUUGAUCAGGAGAAAAAAGCAACUUCAAUUUCUGUGCACAAAAAAAAGAAAAGAGGUGGAACUUUAAGGCAAAAGCAUGAAAAAGAGGCUGUAACUCCUGAGCAAAAGCAUAAAGCAACAAUUGUAAUACCGCUGCAGAGACAAGAAGGAGCAUAUGGAGCUCUUGUUCAGAAACAGGAAGUAAUAACUGGAAUUCUGAUACGGAAGAAAAAAGAAAUACCUACAACUUCGAUGCAAAGGGAAGAAAGGACAAUCGGUACUCCAGAGCAGAAACAAAAAAGAAUAAUUGAAACCUCAGCGCAGAAGCAAGAAAGAGCGACUGAAAUCCUAGCGCAGAAACAAGAAAUGAUUGUGCAGGAACAAGGACGAACAUCUAUAGCUCAUGCUCAGAAGCAGAUACAAAAACAAAAAGAAAUACCUACAACUCCGAUACAGAAGCAGGGAAGUGCAUCCAGUACUCCAGAGCAGAAACAAAAAAGAACAAUUGGAACACCGGUACAGAAGCAAGAAGGAAGAUCGAUGCAGAAGCAAGAAGGAACGCCUGUGCAGAGGCAACAAGGAAAACAUGAAGCUCUUGCUCAGAAGCAGGAAGUAAUAACUGGAAUUCUAGUACGGAAAAAAAAAGAAAUACCUGCAACUCCGAUACAGAGGCAAGGAAGUGCAUCCAAUACUCCAGAGCAGAAACAGAAUAGAACAAUUGGAACACCGGUACAGAAGCAAGAAGGAACGCUUGUGCAGAGGCAACAAGGAAAACAUGAAGCUCUUGCUCAGAAGCAGGAAGUAAUAACUGGAAUUCUAGUACGGAAAAAAAAAGAAAUACCUGCAACUCCGAUACAGAGGCAAGGAAGUGCAUCCAAUACUCCAGAGCAGAAACAGAAUAGAACAAUUGGAACACCGGUACAGAAGCAA